AUUUGCAUUGGGGUUUAACAAUACAUGUUUUAUGAUCGCACACAGCAAACAGUAUUAACUAUUUUCAAAAUAGCGUAUGCGGAUUUUUGCUUUAUACGUUACUGAAAAAAUAUAUAGAUUGGGAAGAAUAAAUCUGCAUGAAACUAAAACUUGACCGUUUAAAUGGUUAAGAUUAUUUGCCCAUUUUGCUUAUUAUCGAGGCACUUAUAACUAGGUUCGUGCGCAGUAGUAGACGGCAUUUAAGGAAAAGAUUAUAAAACAUUAUGGGUGUUCUUUACUGACCCACAUUUAAGAAAGUGAAAGAACUCGUAACGUCUGAACAAACAUGUGUACUGAGAUCACGUUUUAUGUACGUUAUGCUUCGACAAUAAAAUCGGACAUUGUUCGUUGAGACUUUGUAUUGCAAGCAGUUGAUCAGUCGCCUCUGACAUGAUGCGCUUAUUAGUGUUGUCUGCUUUCCUGGUCUUUGCGUAUGCGGCGACCAUACCGGAACUAGCUACACAAUUGGGAGCUACUGAGUUGGUAAGGCUUGUCACGCAGGCAGGCUUGGCCGAUACGCUGUCUUCUAAAGGACCAUUCACCGUGUUUGCACCAACAAACGAUGCAUUUGCAAAGCUCCCUAAGGCGAUUCUGGACGAGCUGAUGAGAAACAAGCAGCUACUUAUCGAGGUUCUGAAAUACCACGUGGUCUCCGGAAGUGUGUACUCAUCCCAGCUGACCGAUGGAAUGACUUCAUCUAGCUUAGCGCCUCUUUCUGAAGGAAAAUUCGCAGACAUAUGUUUCAAUAUAUACAACAACGGGAAUCUCGUCACCGCGGAAGGAAGCCCCGUGGUUUUAGCGAAUCAGAACGCGUCUAAUGGGGUCAUCCAUGUCGUCAACAGAGUUCUUUUCCCUUUGCCAGUCCUUGAUAUUCCAUCGUUUUUAUCCAGCGAAAAAGAGCGCUUUUCGACACUUCUUACUGCCAUUGAGAAAGCCAACCUUGUCACGAUUCUCAGCGAAGGGGCAUACACAGUAUUCGCCCCGACCGACGAGGCCUUCGCAAAGAUCCCUCCCGAUGUCCUCAACAAACUGCUAGCCAAUGCAACUGCACUCCUCGACGUUGUGGCCUAUCACGUGCUCAGCCGUACCUUCUGGAGCGCGAGUCUAUCUGACGGCAUGACGUUCCGAACUGAAUUGGGAAAGUCUGUCAGGAUAUCUAUAAAUAGCGGUAAAGUGAGUGUUAACAGCGCUAACGUACAAGAAGCUGACGUUUCCGUUACAAACGGCGUCAUCCACGUCAUUGACACGGUCCUUAUGCCGCCAACGUUGGACAUUAACUCGUCAUAAUAUUCAAUCAAUCAUACUGCUCACAAAAUUAUGUUUUUCUAUUUAAAUGUAAUUUUUGACGCAAGUUUCAUUUUUUAGCCGCAUUGGGAGACUUCUAAUUGAUUUUUCUUUAAAAUCUUAAUGAUGGCAGAUAAAAGAAACUAUUCACUAAUGCAAUUCAUCUUUUAUUCAGCAUGCUACUUUAGGGCAACUUACCACUGAUGAUCCCCUUGCAGACAGUGUAUUUCAUGCGUAAAACCGAUUGAAAUAUUUAUAUAUAUAUAAAUGGAUAAUAAUGAUGUGAUAAAUAGAGCAUCAUAUCAUAAUAUGAGAUAAGAAUUUGUUUCUACUCUAAGACAUCAUCGAAUAUGUAUAAGCAUGAAUUACUACAAAAUCUAUAACUGGGGCAACGAUUACCUUGAUAUCACACUGAUAUAGACAAGGCAAUACGGGCAUACAUAGAAGAUGCUUGAGUUAGAUAUUUUAAAUUCAAAUGAAGUUUAACUUUAGUUAGAUAUUAACAUACAUCAGAGCUGAGCCGGACGCCUUCAAUCAGUCCUAGUUCAGACAGAAUAUUUAUGUUAUGUUCUUUUUUCUAAUAACUUAUAUCAGUAUUCCAACCGUUUUAUUUCUAUUAAAUUAAUAACAUAAUUUAUUACGUUCGACGGGCGACGUAAUUAUAAUAUUGACACAACAAACUCGUUUCAGCUGGAUUUUGUUUAUUGAUAGUGUUUUUUUUUUAAGUAAUUUGUUAAGUGAAUUCGUUUAGGUACACCCGACUGUUUUUUUUUUCAGUUUUUCAUAGGCUUAAAUAAGUAGACGUUCGUCAUUUUGCGUUUGUUGGCGUUUUCCUUUGUAAAGGAUUGUUAUAGUAAGCAUAGCUUUGUAGUAUGUUUUUUUUUCUAUGUACACCGUUAGAGGAACGUGAGUGUACACUUUGACGCCUAAAUUCUAGGUGGCGAUAAGGCGAGCGAUCCGGAGGGUCAAAAGCUUGAAGUUUGAUGAGUACAAAUACUUGAACUAGUUAAUUAUCGUUAACUGCUUUUUCCCAAUCAUACAGUGCAUAUAAAGACUUAAAUACCACCUUCCGUUUUAUCUUAGUUGAAAACAAUAUAAAGACCAAAUUAAAUAUAAACAUUGUAGCCGCAAUUUAGGAUCAAAAUCUGCUUUUAAGGGAUAUUAAUUAUGAAGUUUUUAAACAAUUUUUUUGCAAAUUUAAAGAAACCGUCAGUAUUCAAAUGAAAAUUCACAUGUUGUGUACAUUGCGACUAUGUACUAUCCUGUUUCUAUACUGUAUUUAAACAGACAUAUACCAUUGUUAAUGUAACCUGUGCUACAGUUUCCUAUUAACAAGAUGUUUAUUUCUACUUCGGGAAACUAUUGCUGUGGCUUUUUGUUUGCUAAAAAAGUUUGAUCUUUGAGCCUGAAUAAAAAAGUAACUAAACCUUUAAAAAUCUGAA